UAGAUAUCAACACGGUAAAUACGACGUGCCCCUUUGGAGCUGCGUGCCGACGGUGAGCUAGGUAAGCUAGUACGGGCAAAGUCGCCAGCGCAUUCCGUGUGAAAGUACAAGGAUGCUGGCAAAUUGUGCUACGUACUCAUUCUGAUACAACAUUCAAGAAGGGAACAGUUAUUACCCGUCACACAGGUAAACGUAUAGAGGGGAAUUUUUUUUCUCAAUCAAAGUUUCUGUGAUGGCACAAAAAAAUGACAAAAAGGUAAACACGCAAAUCGGCUGAGAAAUGAGCCAGUGACGACUUCAUUUCAAUGUCCACGCAUCGCCUUCGAUGGGGACGUCGCCCCCGCCAACAUGGCCGCCACGUAGGCUGCUAAAUGGCGCGCUCCGUAUCUAGUAUUGCUGUCAUAGCUGUGGCUGACGCCAUUACGUUCUGCGUUGUCUCACGCUGUCUUGAGUGCCACAGUUGUUUAGGAUUGAGACUUCCCCCCCCCACGCCCGUUGUGUAUUAAGGCUCCGUUGAGAGUGUGGGGGAGGACGCAGGUUUACCGCAAUUUGCGAUGAGAUUGAAUCCAGUCGUUCCAUCAAGCACGGGCCUUCUCGCUUACGAAUUCGAAGCAACGUGCUCGCCGUCGAUAGCUUCGUGCUGCUCGUAACGCAAGGCUAGCUUGCUCUCUGGGACCAAGGGCACGAUAACUACUUGGCGAGCGAGAUGGGGCUGUCGUCCACUGUCGUCGAAUGUUAGCGAAUUGACCGGCGAACGAUUACAAGUCGGUUCUCGGCAAAUACUCCCAACUUCUUGACUGGACACUCGCAACUCCCGGUGGCUUGAUUGACAUGUGCGAAAGCGACUCGUAGCCCCGAUCGUGAGGGUCACGCGGGCGCGUCUUGCGGGACUUUUAAUUUAGCGUCGUCGUUGGUUGUUUUUUGUUUUUGUUUUGUUUGUUUUUUGGUGGUUGUUGUUGUUGUUGUUGUUGUUUGUUUUGCAUUUCCAAAGUGAUGCCUCGCCGUUCUGCGGUGACGUUGAUGCGUCACGUGGCGAGUGCGCGCGUUUGCCCGCUCCACACGUCAUCGUGCGGCAACUCUUCGACGAAACCGACGGACGGAUUUCAACCGGAAAAAGUAGCGGUCGUCACCAAAACGACCCGCUAUGAGUUUGAACAGCAGCGCUAUCGCUACGCGGGACUCUGCGAGGAGGAUCUGAAGCACCUGCUCGCGAUGAAGGGUUCCAGCUACAGUGGCCUGCUGGCAAGACACAACAUCCACACAAACAACGUGGAGCAUAUUGUGAAAAGCCUGCAGAAGGAAGGAAUUGAAGUUCAAGUGGUGAAAAGGGGUGAAUAUGAUACAGAAGUAGUGCAAUGGGCAGAUGCCAUCAUUUCUGCUGGAGGCGAUGGGACAAUGCUGCUCGUUGCCAGCAAGGUUUUGAGCAAGGACAAACCAGUUGUUGGCGUAAACACAGACCCGGAGAGGUCAGAAGGUCAUCUGUGCUUGCCUGUCAAGUACACUCGCAAAUUCCCAGAGGCACUGGGAAAACUCUGCCGUGGUGAGUUCAGGUGGCAGUGGCGUCAGAGGAUUCGACUGCACCUUGAGGGCACCGGAAUAAAUCCCACUCCGCUAGACCUGCAUGAACAGCAGCUGAGCCUGGAGCAGCACAGCCAGGCCCACCGCAUCACCACCAUGGACAACCAGCAGAAGACUGGAACACUGAAUGAAAGUUUCUUCAAGCCCAGUCUUCUCCCCGUCAGGAGCCUGAAUGAAAUCUUCAUCGGGGAAUCUCUGUCCUCCAGGUUUGUCUGUCUUUCAAAUACGACCCAUCGGCUCACCUGCCGCGUUGGUCAUCUCAGCUGUCCGCACGAGCACACGAGCGUUUCUGCGACUUGUUGUUCCUUCAGGGCGUCCUACUACGAGAUUUCAGUUGAUGACGGUCCGUGGGAAAAGCAGAAGAGUUCCGGGCUCAGCAUUUGCACAGGAACCGGGUCCAAAGCCUGGUCGUAUAACAUCAACAAACUUGCUGAGCAAGCGGUGAAUGAGAUCCUAAAAAUAGGGAAGUGUCAAACGGGCCUUGCUAUUCCACUAAACCUUGAAUUUAUUGAGAAGGUUACUGACAAAUACAACGAGUCGCUGGUGUUCAGUCCUGAAGACAGACGCUUGUUCUUCAGCAUCCGAGAGCCAAUCGUAAACCGAGUGUUCUCCAGCAGCCGGCAGCGAGGCUUUGCCAGCAAGGUGUGCGUUCGCUCGCGAUGCUGGGACGCCUGCAUGGUGGUGGACGGCGGCAGCUCGUUCGAGUUCAAUGACGGCGCCAUUGCAACAAUCAGCACGAGUGAGGACGACGAGCUCCGCACGGUAGUUCUGGAUAACUGAGGGAAGCCCGGAGCACAUUAUGAGACGGGCUUCCCUUAAAACAAGGGUAAACCAACUACAGUACCCUUUUGGUUGGAGUGUGGUUAAAGAGAAAUACUGGAUUUGAACCUCUACAGGUGUGUCGUCGUCUUCAUCCCACAAUUUUAUGCCAUGCAACGCUUGACUGAAUGGACACCAGAAGAAUUGUUUUCUACCAUGUCAUCAGUAUGUGUUGAGAUUGGGAGGAAAAAACUCCGCCUUGAGCCGGGUGGGAUUUGUGUUCAUGUCCAUUUAAUUACAGGAUUCAGCAAAGUGCCCACUACUGUGUGUUGUGCAAUUUGGAUGUUAUAUUUAUUCCCUCUAUUCUCUCUCCCCCAUCUUUUCUAUUUGGAAGGGGAAUUGUUUGCAAAGGAAUUUUUUUGGAACAUAUUUUUGUAAUUGUGCGAGCAUCAAAGAAGAGUGCACUAAAACGAGAACUCCACACCAAGAGGAGCAUUUUGAGGUCAAAUGUUUCGUAGCAAAAGCAAUGUACUGUUGUUAAAAGAUACGCCUUUGUAACCAGUACGACUGAUUGUGGACCUUUAGUAUCUAGUUUUGACCAUUUAGAAUCACUUGAGAUCUGAAAUAUUGUACGGUGCGUGUAUACUAAAUCUGGGAGGGCUUCUAUGCAGAUUUUAGGUCUUAGGUUGCAAACUGUGAUGUGCAAAGUGCCAUGGGGACGUUUCAUAAAUGGCUCUGAAACAUUGA